AUGUCUCUUUUGUUCAAUGCGAGACGAGCUAAAUGCGUAAAAAUAAUUUUUCCUCUUGUCAAACAUAUUUCGACCAAUAAUAAUCAACGAUCAAUAGCGCUUCUUAAUUCAAAACGAAGUUGUUUAACUUCUGCAAGAACAAUUUGGCCAAAUCAUAAAAAUGCAGGAAAAUCAAUAAUAUUAGGAUUUUCAUUACUUGGUUUGGUUGGACUUGAAGAGAGUGACACAAAUCGUCAACUUAUCGAUACUAUUAAAAGAGGCAUAUUGUAUUUUAAAAAUGGCGAUUACAAUGCUUUUGAACAAACAUUACAUGAGGCUCUCAAAAUAGCUAACGAUUUACAGAAUGUUGAUGGUAUUACACAUGUAUAUGAUGUGUUAGCAAAUGGAGCAUUUAUGAAUAAGGAAUAUGAAAAGGCAAAAGAUUUAUUCACCAAAGUUGUUUGUCGGUUGAUUGAUCAAGGAUGCCUAAAAGAUGAUCUUAUCAUUCUACACUUAGGUCUUCAAAUUUCUAAAAUUUACGAAAUUCAGAAAGAAUACAAAUAUUCUGAAUAUGGUUACCUAUACUGUUUACAACAUUUGGAGAAAAAGUUAAAAAUUGAUCCUGAAAACAAAGCCAUUUUAGAUUUAUAUGCUAAAACAUUAAACGCAUAUGGUCGUUAUUUAAUGAGCCAAAAAGAAAUUAAAUUAGCAAAGAUUUCUUUUAAAAGAGCAUAUGCAAUUAAUGUUAAGUUAAAUGGCGAAACGUUUGAAAAUAAUGUAAUUUUUUUGAAUCUUCUAGGAACCCUAUACCAUGCUGGAGGAAAUUUUCACAAAGCAGUAUUGUACUUUAGAAAGGCAAAGAAAAUUGGGCAACAUCUUCAUGACAUGAAAAGUUUUGCAGUGGUAUAUAUAAAUCUCGCUGACACUUACUUUAAACUAGGAAUGUUAGAAAAAGCAGAAAAAAGUUGUGAGAAAGCAUUGCAAAAUGCUAAAAUACAUAGUAAUUUCAGAGCCAAAAAAGAAGCAGAAAUUGGUUUAGCUAGAGUAAACAAUGCUAUGAAGAAGAGACGGAUUGGCAAUGUGAGAAAGUAG